AUGGCGGAAGCUUUGGGUCAAAGGAAGUUUGUGGAGAAAGUGUGCCCCCAAUGCAAAAGGAACAGGCUGGAAGAAGCAUUUCCACCAGCGCCAUUCAACGAGCAUCUUGAUAACAUCUACACUCCAUUUACUUCAGUAGAGAAGGAGAUAAGGCUUCUCAAUAUCCUCCCCGGGCUCGAAAAUGAGCCGCUCAGGUGUUCGCUUCAGCCAGAUUUCCUCGACAAUGCUCGCUACACAGCAUUAUCAUACUGUUGGGGCGCUGGGAAUGAUCGGAUCAAUAUCACGGCCAAUGGGCAGAGUAUCCCAGUUACAAGGAAUUUAGAAAAUGCUUUGAGGCAGUUGAGGCAUACGCAUCAGAAUAUGGUGGUCUGGGCAGAUGCUAUUUGCAUCAACCAGCAAGACCUUGCUGAGAAAUCAGUCCAGGUGGGCAUGAUGGGGGGGAUCUAUUCAAAAGGUAUGGAUGUUUGGAUUUGGCUUGGAAACGCAGGUGACAAUAGCGACGCCGCCAUGGACUACAUUCGGAACAUUCGAGCAGUUGAUUUUGACGACCCUCAGUAUAAGCCACACCCAGAUACAUGGCACGCCAUCAAAUUACUAUGGAAUCGACCGUGGUUUGAGAGGUUGUGGGUUGUGCAAGAGGCCCUUCUUGCGAGGAAAGCAACCUUCAAUUGUGGUCAACAGAGCGUGGAUUUUGACUGUUUCGUUUACUUGAAGAGAGUCCACAUGAAAUAUAGGAGGCUUCCAGAUACACGACUAGCCCCAAUGUAA